AUUAUAUUACUGCAUUUUCUGUUGUUAUUCAACUAAUAGAAUAUAAUAUAUGGUAUUUAAAAGAAGAAUUGAGAGAAAUAAUUCAUAAUGUGAUUAACAAGGUGAAAAAUUUUGACCAACAAAAUUCUGAAAAGUAUUUGAAAAUUGUUGAUAUUCCUUUGAAG